AUGACCAAUUCCGAUCGCCUGGAGUUCCCAUCGGGAGCUCAACUCGCUUAUCUCGCUGAGGGGGGCGCGAACGUAAUCUAUCGAAUCAUAUGGGCGCCGGCGGCAGCGAGGCCUAAACAGAAGGAUGCGGCGCCUAGUAAAGAACAGAUGAGUAUACCCCCCAUGCUACGGGGGAAGCUACUCCGACUACGCAAGGAGACCAAAGCUGGAAUCUCUUACCAGGAGAUCUCGCACAACUUCAACAGAAUUAUUCAACCGUUGUUCCAGCCCGAGGAGGUAGUGGAUCAAACCCUCGUCCAGCUACCCACGGGACUGGUGCAACAGUGCAACGAGCGGCUUCGUGCCGCUGAACUUAACGGCACGCGUCCUCGCAGACGAUACGGGGUGUAUCUGUCGCUCAACGAGCCCUUCGGUUUGCUAGUGACGGACAUGACAACCUUUAGCGAUCCAGGAAUGAUAAUGGCAGAGCUAAAACCGAAAUGGCUUCUCCAGUCCCCAUCCGCGCCACUUGAUGCUCGACGAUGUCGUACUUGCGCAUUGCGAGAUAUGAAGAACAACGAGUCGCGGAAAGCGUGCGGAUCAGAAGAUAAAUCGGUCUGCCCUCUAAGUCUGGUCUCGGAUAAGUUCGAGCAUGUAUUGCGCGCGACCCGAUUCGUCGAGGGAUGCAAGGACCAGGAUCGUCUGGCGCGGUUUUUGCACCGGAAUAGCACGUUGAUUAAGCUUCAAGCAUAUCAGAAAACUAUGCGAGAUGUCGGUCUGCAUGGACAGUCAGCUCAGUCGAGGGAGAAGUCGCUUGCUAUGACAUUAAGAGACUGCACAAUGUUUAUCAAGGUAGCCUUAUCGACCCUGGCUUACCACUUCGUCACUAAUUGCGCGCAGAUGCCACUGGACGGAGAAGGGCCCAUGGAAGUCCGUCUAGGAGACCUCGAUCUGAAGACGGGGGCCGGGGGCAAGGCGCAAUACUGGCUUGAGUUGGAGAAUCGACUUAUCUCCCAGGGCUGGUAUUUAGGGACCAAUUGUGGCCAGACUUCGAGCGAGUGCCUCUUGCAGGGUCCGUCGAAGCAUUCACAACAGUAA